GGUUUUUGUACCAUUCAUUCAUUCGUCUAUUCGAUCGCUCCUUUAUUCUCCUGCUCUUUCAUAAUAAAAAAAUUUUAAAACUUAGAACGCUGCUCUGUCCCGGUAUAUGCCCCGGGUUCUCGUCAGUCAUUCGCAAUGCCUCGAUUGCCUAGUUACUCGCGCGACCAUGCGCUUCUACCUCUCGGCCCGUCUACUCCCCUCUCCUUACCCUGUCCUUCGGCAACCCACGUUUCACUCUUCCCUGUCGAUCUUUCGAGCUGUUUCUGGAACUAGGUUCUACUCUAAGGACAUGGCUGUAUUUAAAAACAGCCUCCCGAGGACUCUCGAAGCCCACCGAUCCUCGAAUAGGACCGGUCUGGUUCGUAAAGUAUUCGAUCGGACACCCUCUGGAGACCUCGCCCGCCCUGUAAUUCCGGUGGACGAAGAUUUGACCUUAAAAUUACCAAGGAAACCAGCUUACCCAGAAGCUACAGCUCAGCUUGUUUCAUCUGGGCCAUCGACACGGACAGCAAGGAGUACUCGUACUAUGAAAAAGGAUCCCGUCAUUACCACCCGAACAAUCUUGUGUGACCGGAUACGAUGGAAUGUAAAUGCAGAACAAGGCCGAUGGGAGCAAUCCCCAUGGAUGGAUUACUGGGACGCGGGUCGCGAAUGGCCUGACGGCUUCUUGCAGCUAGAUGCAGAGAUCCGCGCACUUGAGGAAUAUUUGUUACCAACACCUCCUGAACAGGAUAGGGUAAAUCAUAUAGUUACUCAAGUUACAAACAUGCUGCGAGAUGUUAUACCUCAUACGCCGCAGGUCAUUGGCUCUCGGCGAACCGGGUUUGCGAUGAGCCAUUCAGACUUGGACUUCAUCUUGCCUGUGCCGGAUCCGGCCCGAUCGAUCGACAGGGUCCGAAGGCCGAGUCCUACACGGCCACAGAUUCUUAGUCUCCAUAGUGAUCUAUUGUCUCGGGUGGAAUGUACCCUUCAGCAUUGCUCGUCGUUCAGUGGCCGGAUUGAGUUGAACGGUAAAUGGAAUUCAAUUCUGACCGCUGUUCACCAUGAGACCGGUAUGCGAGUGCAGUUCCACUGUGGUGAAGGCUUGCCCUCCUCUGUUGAGUAUAUAUGCGACUAUCAUGCUGAAUAUCCUGCGAUUCGGCCGCUAUACAUGGUCAUCCGUCUGAUAUUGGAGGCGCAAGAGUUGUUUGGUAGCCAUAACUCAUCCAUUGAGCCUGAUACUCUUGUGAUGCUUCUUGUGGCAUUUCUUAAAAUGAAUCAUGGCCGAUUCCAAGAGUCAGGGAGCUUGGGCGAACAGCUCCUUGCUGUUUUAAAGGUCUACAGUUCUGAGGUUGAUCUACGACAUACCUGUGUUUCCGUGGACCCGCCGAGCUUCUUUGAUGCAAGUACUGUGAAAGACACAAUAAAAAAAUACGAUGCAGAGGAUUUGCCGGCCCACCUCCGCGGCCAGCGUGCACUUGUAAAUCGGAAGAAAACGGCUGCUAUCAAGCGAAACAUACCGGCAGCCUCGAGGCUAUGCCUUCAGGAUCCCGCCAAUUAUAUGAAUGAUCUCGGCCACACAUGUUGUCGCACUUCUGAACUCCAGGACGUUUUGGCGCGCGCACAUUAUCGCCUUAGCACAUGUCUGGGUGCAAGGGAGCGGCGUAAACAUGGUGGUUUGAAAAACAGUCUUCUGGCUUCUGUUCUACAAGCGAAUUUCGAUGACUUUCGCAAGGUGCGAGCGCAGAUAACCACAUCUUCCUGUAUAUGAGAACAGAUCAAUCACUUGUAAUAAUAAGCAGUGUAUAGUAUCGCCUAAUUUAAUAUAGAUUAGUGCCAUCUUGUCGUAUAUCUUUGAUAAAACUAU